CAAAACUGACAGUGACAGCUGUCACUAGUUUCUUUUUGUGCUAUCUGUCAGAAGACGCUAGCAGUGUUUCCAAAAUGGGUCGUGUAAGGACUAAGACUGUCAAAAAAGCAGCAAAAAUCAUCAUUGAGAAGUACUAUACUAGAUUAACCCUCGAUUUUGAUACCAACAAGAGAAUAUGUGAGGAAAUUGCUAUCAUUCCAACCAAACCUCUUCGUAAUAAAAUUGCCGGUUUCGCCACCCACUUGAUGAGACGUUUAAGGCACUCCCAGGUCCGUGGAAUCUCCAUCAAGCUGCAGGAAGAGGAGCGUGAGAGACGUGACAACUACGUACCAGAGGUCUCUGCCCUUGAGCAUGACAUCAUCGAAGUUGACCCUGAAACCAAGGAGAUGUUGAAGAUGUUAGACUUCAACAACAUCAACGGUCUUCAGCUUACGCAGCCAGCCACUCAGGGUGGUUACGGGGGCAGACGUAAUUAAGAAUAAACUAUAAAACAUA